CGUAAGGGAGUGACGUCGGGCAGCCAGGAAGAGAGUUGCAGAGAGUGUACAACGUUUGGACAACGUGAGUUGUAUGAUCUUCCUCUGCACAGUUGUUUACUCUAAUAAACUCACCACCGGUCGGGAAGUAUUAACAGGCUCCAUAACAGGGAGAAAAACUACACUGAAAGCUCUCUGGCCAUGGCUCUGAAUAAGUCCAUGCAUCCUCGGAACCGUUACAAAGACAAACCGCCGGAUUUCGGUUACCUGGCCUCCAAAUAUCCAGACUUCCAGCAGCACGUGCACACCAGCCUCACCGGAAGACCUGUCGUGAAUUUUAAAGAGCCGGAAGCGGUGCGAGCGCUGACCUGCACCCUGCUGAAGGAGGACUUUGGUCUAACAAUCGAGAUCCCUCUGGAGCGCCUCAUACCCACUGUGCCCCUCCGUCUCAACUACAUCCACUGGGUGGAGGAUCUCAUUGACGGCCAGAAGCAACCACGCAGGGGCAUCGACAUUGGCACUGGGGCGUCUUGUAUCUACCCCUUGCUGGGAGCCACAAUGAACGGCUGGUACUUCCUGGCCACAGAGGUGGAUGACAUCUGUUUCGACUAUGCUACAAAAAACGUGGAGCAGAACAACCUGUCUGACCUCAUUAAAGUUGUCAAAGUCCCUCAGAAGACUUUACUGAUGGACGCCUUGAAAGAAGAAACAGAAAUAGUGUACGACUUCUGCAUGUGCAACCCGCCUUUUUUUGCCAACCAGCUGGAAGCAAAGGGGGUUAACUCCAGGAACUCACGGCGACCUCCUCCCAGUUCGGUAAACACAGGCGGUGUGACAGAGAUCAUGGCGGAGGGCGGGGAACUGGAGUUCGUCAAGAGGAUCAUUCAUGACAGCCUGCAGCUCAAGAAACGCUUGCGGUGGUACAGCUGCAUGUUGGGGAAGAAAUGUAGCUUGGCACCUUUGAAAGAGGAGCUGAGGAAACAAGGGGUUCCUAAAGUGACGCACACAGAGUUCUGUCAGGGACGGACCAUGCGAUGGGCGUUGGCCUGGAGUUUCUACGAUGACGUGAUUGUUCCGUCUCCUCCCAAUAAGAAGCGUAAACUGGAGAAGGCACGGAAACCCCUGUCGUUCACACUUCCAGAAGCGGGACUGAAGGAGCUGCAGGCCAAGGCCAAGGGUUUAGGUGGUGCUGCCCAGAGCCCUGUGGAGAGCAUUGCUGCACUGCUGGAAAAAACACUCACUGACCUGCGGGUACUGCACAAACGUAUCCCGUGCAGUAAGGAGGAGCAGAGCCUCUUUCUAACUGCUGUGGAGAACACCUGGAUCCACGGACGACAGAAGAGACGGGAAAGGUCGCGUCAGUUGCGAGAGCUUCCCAGGGCACCUCACUGUACUGGAACCAGCUCUCAAACUACUGUGGCCACAGCUCCUGCUACAACCCCUGCAACUCAUGACCAGUCUGCUUCCACUCAGGAUGGCAACACCCAAGGUGACAGCGCUGAAGAUAAAAAUGUGUCUGCAGGGGAGCGAGCUGGUCAGCCAGUUGAGCAGGUUGGCAAUGGUGCCCUUUCAAAUGAGGCGAGUAAGGCUGCAACACACAGCGAAACCGGAGAACAAAAAGAGGUCUUAGAAAUCGUAUCAGCUGAAGAUGUGGACAUGGAAGCAGGGCAGGAAACUGUCCCAAAGGAAGCGCCUGCUGCAGCAAGCGAGCCGCCCUCCAAGCAACCCCUGAGCCCGGGUGCAGUCGAACGCUUCCUGUUUAAGUGUCUGCUGAAUGUGAUGCUGGAGGAGCGUGACGUGGUGAUUGAGAUGCACUGGGUCGAGGGUCAGAACAAAGACCUGAUGAACCAACUGUGCACUUACCUGAAGAACUCACUUUUAAAGUCUGUCGCAAAGUCCUAAACUGAGAGAUAAGAACGAAAAAAUGGGUCCUUUUUAUUUUUAAAACAGUAGAAUCAAAGUGAAACGACAGUGAGAGAAGUCACAGAAAUAUAAUUUUUAGACAUAAUUAUUUGGACAGUAGAAAUGUUUAUAAUGCUUUAUUGUACACAACUUUUGAGAAGUUUGUAAUGUGUUGAGCUUACUGUGACUUCUGGAGGUUUGUUCCAGUUGAUGUGUUGCCUUUUACUGAGUCAUCUCAUUUUCUUGUACUCUGCAGUUUCCCUUUUUACGGUAAUAGAUACUGUACAUUUGGUCUUUUGUGCUCAAACAUUUGCAAUAAAUGUUCAUUUUUCUUACA